CAUUAAAAACUACCACUCAUCCUUUUAUAUUCCCGAGCCUUUGUCUCUUCUUAUAAUAAAGGUUCCGCAUCUCCCCCUUGACAGCCAAUCACCUCGUUUGAUAUCCAAACCAAACCCUCAUCAGAAGACGAAGGAAAGACUAUGGCGAGCCUCAGAAUCUCUCUGCCUCUUCUCCUUCUACUCCUUUCUAUAUCCGCCAAUCAUUACCUAACAACUGCAGAAGCAAGAACACUUCCCUUCUCAUCUACCCACCUGAGAUCUUCAAAGAUUUUUGCAACUCUGGGAGUCAUCUGCAAGUGCUGUGACAACAGACAGGGCGAGAAUGGUGAAUGUUCAAUCUCCUGGAAAGGGUCCUGCAGCGAUGUUCAGUGCCUUCCCUGGAGAACAGGGAAGCAGCAUCCUCUGCCCAAAGCUUCCUGAAUUUUAGUCUCUGUUUUUUUUUUCUUCUCUCCAUUGCUUUGCUCGUACAUAUAGAAGACAGCAAGCUUUGGAUAGGUUUUUUAUGGCAAUGGAUCAGAAUCCGCAAUCAGUAUUCAGUAAUCAGUACCAAUUGCAUUCUUACCUUGAUGCGGGCUUGCUUGCUCUGACUCAGAUGUUCUUGUUUCAAUCAUUGGUCGUGCAAAUUCCAAAACUGAAACACAUGGGAAGAAGCGAUUCAAUUGCUUAUUGACCAUUUUUGUUA